CCAAAUCCUGUUUCCUGGAGAAAGCGCAGCGAAAACAAGACAAUCUCUUUGUGUUUUCCUUCUUAGUACUCAACGGUUCAAAUAGAGGAGAAGAACACGAGUCUCGGCAGCAUGGCAGCUGUUGAGAAUGGAAACAACUCUAUGAACAAGACAGUCUUGAUGAAGACGGUGGGCGAGGAGGUGGAAGGCAUGAACAUCCUCGGCCUGGUGGUCUUUGCCAUCGUCUUCGGGGUCGCCCUGAGGAAGCUCGGGCCCGAAGGGGAGAUCCUGAUCAAGUUCUUCAACUCCUUCAACGAAGCCACCAUGAUCUUGGUCUCUUGGAUUAUGUGGUUUGCCCCCGUGGGUAUCAUGUCUCUGGUGGCCGGGAAGAUUAUGGAGAUGGAGGACGUGGUGCUUCUCUUCACCAGCCUGGGCAAAUACAUCUGCUGCUGCCUGGUGGGCCACGCCAUCCACGGGCUGCUGAUUCUCCCAGUGAUCUACCUCGUCUUAACCCGCCGGAACCCCUACCGCUUCCUGUGGGGCAUCUUCACCCCCUUGGCCACCGCCUUCGGGACUUCCUCCAGGUAUCCAGAGACCGCCAGAGGGGCAGGAGGUGGGCGGGAUGGGUGGAGAACCAUCCACGAACACGGGUUUACCGACAAAACGGCGAACGACAAAACCGCGUCCGACUAAACCGCGGGGACAAAACCGC